GUCAGCGGCUGUGAUGGAUCCAAGCUCUCCACUGAGGCUGAUGCUGUUUCUGUUUCUGUUCGUGUCUCCCAACAUCAUCUGUCUGCAUGGAUACUCUCCUACAGAUGUGGACCGCAGUUUUCACUGUACGAAUGAUUACCUGUCCACCAUAAACUGCUCCCUGGGCAUCAUUUCCUCAGAAAUCCCUUCAGACACCAACAGCUCGUACUGGCUCUAUCUCCAAAAAGAAUGUGAAAAGGAAGAGGGCAUAGAGGGGGCUGUGUGCAUGCUAACAAACACCAAUGAGGAUGAUUUCUGUGCCGUUAACACCGCAGAUGGAAGGGCUGAACACAUGUUAUGUCCACAUAUUUUUGUGGAUAUGGAUAGCAUUACCAUCUCUCUCUGUCACAACCAAAGUGAUGGCUCUAAAAGCUGCAUUGUGCUGCAUGAGAUGUAUGAGCCUGUGGACAACAUUACACCAAACGCACCGUGCUGUCUAGCAGUUAGUCAAAAUGCAAGUGAACACCACUUCACCUGGAAAAGUACCUAUGAGGAAUUCAGUUCUUCCUCCAACAUGAACAAAAACCUGAUAUAUCAGCUCAACUACUACAAAAGACGAGACAAGCAGAAAGCGUUUCAUGAUAUCCACACAGAAAGUGUGUGGUUCUCUACUGAUGAUAAUAACUUUAUGCCAAACACUGAGUACGCUGCAAGAGUGCGGUCCAGCCCUAAUGGGAAUUAUUACCGUGGAGAGUGGAGCAGCUGGUCCUCUGAGGUUCACUGGACGACGGACUCAGUCUCAAGUAAUAUCACACCUCUUCCAUUUGUUCAUGGACUGGGUAUGAAGAUGAUCAUCCCCUUAUUUGUGAUAGUUCCACUCAUCGUACUUUUGUGCUAUGCUCCAAUUAAGAAAUGGAGGCAAGGUAACUUUAUCCCAACUCCAGCACCUUAUUUCCAGACAUUAUACAGUGACUGCCACGGUGAUUUCAAGAGCUGGGUGGUUACACACGAAAACACGACAGACACGCUGAAUGCUGAGCAAACGCUCCCCAUUGACACCCUCACCAAGUAUGCAUAUGUGCAGGAGGAAGACAGUCCAUCCGAUUUUCAACAGAAUGUGAUGAAGGGCAGCACAUAUGAAAAUAUAAUUAACUCAGACUGCGAUUCUUCUCUAUUGGGCAUCCCGUACGCAGUGAGCACCAUGGCUCCAAUGUCAGCUUCAGGGAGCCCGCUGACGAGCUGCACUCUCAGCCUUCAGUCCGGGAGCCCUGCCGAAGGAGACUCUGGCUGCUGGCUCUGCAGUGAGUACUGCACCUUGAGCGCCUUCCAGCACUCCUGUUCAGUCCCAGUAGAGUACAGUGGGAAGCCCCCAAUGAAAUCCUGCUCAACAGAGAUGAUCAGAGUGGAUGCCAUCGCAGAAGCAUAAGCUGAUAUGUUUCUAUGUAAAGACAGCGUGAAGAUGUAAUUCGAGCUAUGAAUGAUCAAAUGCUUCUCUUUAAUCCAAAUAGUAUUCACUAAAUACCAUGAGCAUGCAUUUAUAAAAAUCUUAAACACCACUGUGCAUAUUGUAGAUAAUAUUGAAAACUUGCAUACUCUGCUUAUAUUGUGUAUAAAAACUGUAAAUAUUUCUGAGGAAAAAGCAUUUCAACUAUAAAUGUCCUUACUAAAAUGUCUAUCACUGAAUUUUAUAACUUGCCUUGAUUAUACAAAUUAACUUUACUUUUUUGUAAAU